GUCCUAUGAGGUGACAUGUUUGGAGGGAGAUAUAGCAGGAGUCAUGUGACUAGUCAGUUCUCAGAUAAUGUAGAAAACAGAAUGUAAGGAUGAGAGCGACUGUGACCAGGACCGGAUAGUGGUGUGUAGAGUCUAGACUCCGGGGUCAGAUCCUCUCCAGAGAGGCCGGUCUUGUGGGGUGUCCCUGGUAUGAAGUGGUUACAGUGGAUGUAUUAUAUAUAGAGUUGUAUGAUCUUGCAAUGUACAGGUAUAUAGAGUAUACAGGGGCGGGGGUUGGGUGUGGCCUUCCUCUUAUAUUCUCCCUCUCUGGUCCUGGACACAUCUUACCUGGCUCCCUCCAUCAUGGCGGCGGCGGCGGCCUCCCGAGUAUGCGAUGUUCUGCAGAUUGUCGCUGUCCUCUGUCUGUGCUGCUGCCCUGUGACCUGUAAGAAGAAUAAGACCCCCUGGCUGGAGAGGAUCAUACACGACAUGGUGAACAACUACAACAAGUACGCCAAGAUGGAGGGAGACCCCCUCACCAUAAACUUCAGGGAAUUCCAGGAGUAUCUGACGGUGGAAAUGCCAAAAUACAUAGAGGGUAAAGACCCGGACAUCGUGGAGAGGACACUGGCUUCCAUGGAUGAGGAUAAAGAUGGCGAGCUGAACCACAAAGAAUUCUUUAGCUUCCAAAGACAAUUUAUGAUCACCAAGUACAACGCUUAUAACCUGCUCCACUCUUAGACACCGCGCUAUAACCUGAUCGUAUGGAAUAAAUAUCUGAUGGGUCCGGCGAUCUAUAAAUCUGUCUAGUAUCAUACUGUACCAGCUCCAGCUCCAUCUUCUGUGUCUGUGAGACCACAUGCUGUU